UGGUUAGAGCGUGGCGCUAGCAACGCAACGGUCAAGGGUUCUCUCCCAGGGAUUGCACAUACUCAGAAACAAAUGUAUAGUAUAAUGCAAUGUAAGUUGCUCUGGAUAAAAGCGUCUGCCAGGUGGUUAAAUGUAAAGUGAAUUCUUGUUAGUGUCUCUUUUAUUUUUUACUUUCCAGUCCAGCUCAUCCAUUGAUAAAACUGUUUGUCUGCUUUGUGUGUUUAAUCAAAAUGGCCGGAGAUGAGACAGAUGCAUUCGGUCAGGUGUGUCUAAACUUUGGAUGGCUACUGUAUUUUAUAGUGACACAUCAGAACACACACUGUUAUAUCCAUUUACCUGUCACGAGAAAGUCUCAUAUUGCCUGAUGUGUAGUUUGCCCAGACAUGCCUACGCCAUCAGCUCCGAUCACCACCCCUCCUUGUCUUUCUUCAUUCUCUGACAAGCCGACAGUAAUUCACCUCCCGCAGCGCAGGCGUUUGUUUCACGCAGACUCCGGUGAUGUGAGGAGCAGUCAGACAGCGCACGGCACGGGGAGGUCCUGAUCAUCUUAAUCAUUAAUGCGUCGUUUGGACAUGUUUGGAGUCAUCCAUGGUUAUCCGCCGGUGCCCCGGCUGAUCCCUGCAGCCCAGCUGUCAUUUGAAUCCAGGGAGGCCGAACAGGAAUGAGACGCAUGGGUGACUGUGUGAGCUCUGUACAUGGAGUUUAGGAGCCGAGCCAGGGGGCGCUUGCUUAACAUAUUGUGCAGGUUGUUCACGGCAAUGCUGCCGUCAGAGAAGAUUGUGACGAAGGAGGCGUGAUGAGAGCCAUGGGAGGAGGAAGCGAGGCCGGUGAUGUGAUUGAUAAUGAGCAUCAGCUGGGCGCCACACCGGCCUCGUAUCUCCCACGGAAGAGAUCGGAAGCAUAAAAGGCCGAGCGACAGGAGUAGACGGCGAGAGAGGACCGGGCCCGGACAUUAUGUAUGGCUUUAAUCCAAGAGCUGCUGACAGAAAUCCAGACACUGAAAGAGUCCAGAGACCAUCUGACGCAGAAGGUUACAGCAUUGCACGGUGAGAUCAGUCAGCUAAACAUGAAGGAGUUGGCUGACCGUAUCGCAGCUGUGGAGCAGUACUGCCAUCAAGUGGAAGAUCUGGACAACACCACAAAAGAGCUGAAGGAGAAGCUCACUCAGUAUCCUCUCCCAGAGGAGCUGACGCAGUGUGUCACAUGGGAAGUCAUGCAGGCGGCACUCAUCAGCGAGAGACAAAAGAUCCACGAGGGUCUACAGAACACCAUCACCAUCUCUGCUGUGAAAAACACUGCACCCGUCCAUUCUACAAACCAGGACACUGCAGAUACCUCUCGCCAAGUUUCUCCUCCCCAGCAGUGCCGGUCUGACGAGUCUCUGUUCACGGGCCGCCGGCUGUCCCGGGUCAGCAUCGGGGCUGAGCAGUACCCGGAGACGGUAGAGGCUCUGAUGGAGGUGGGCAGACUGAGAGACAGACAUGAGAGUCUGGAGGCCCGUGUAGAGCAGCUGGAAGCAAACAAGGCUGAUAAGAGCCAGCUUCAACAUCUGAGUGAUCUCCUCACUGCCAUGGGGGAGAGGCAGAUACCUGAUCAUGUGCCAGAGCAGCUGAAUUAUCUGAGGACACUCGUGGACAGCCUUUUGUCAGAUAAAGAGAAGAACACAGAGCUGGUGAAUGAUGUACAGUCAGCCAUACUGCAGCUACAGGCCGAGUAUGAGAACCUCCGCAACACAACCAAACAGCUGACGGAGGAACACAGCAACAAACAGAUCCACAUCGAUCGUCUCUACAAGACUUUAGAGGAGCUGGAUGAAAAGAAAGCUGACAAGGAACUGGUGGAGAUGGAGAUCGAAAUUAAAGCAGACAAACGGGCUCUGGAGAGCAAGGUGAGCCGCGUGCAGUUUGACAGCAUGACAGAGCAGCUGAAUAACAUGCUGCAGGAAGUGCUCAGUAAGAUCAGCGGUCAGGAGAAAGACUGGCACAAGGUCAUGGAGAAGAUCUCCACUGAAAUGGACUGCAAGUUGAACCGGAUUGAACUGGAUCCUUUAAAGAAACAGCUGGACGAUCGCUGGAGGAGCAUCCACAGACAGCUGCAGACCCCUCCGGCCCCCGAGCAGGAUGACGCCGCGGGAAUCAGGAGACAGUUGUUGGCCCGGUUUCACUGCAUUUCCUGUGAUCGUCCGGUGGAUAUGACGACACCAGGACAGCAACUGUGCCCUCUGCCCUAUGCCCCAGGACUGCCGUCUCACAAGUCCAGCCGGCCAUACACUGUUUAUGAGCUGGAACAGGUGCGACAGCACUGCAGAAGUGAUAGGAUCCCAGAAAUGGCCGAUUACAGUUACCUGGCCCGUAGCUGUGGGGGAAGCCAUACCCUCACCUACCCCAACCGCAGAUGCACCCGUCUCCAACACAUCACACACCUGAUCCAGACUGAGGAGGAGAGUCGGCACGUGUCCUCUGUACCGCACACACAGGCAGAAGAAGUGGACAUCAUGGGUUUAGAUGGACAGGUCUACAAGGGCCGUAUGAACAGCAGAGCAGUGAGGGCCACAGAGUCCAGACUACCCACCAUCUCUUCAAGAGAAGGCAACUGCAAAAGCAAAGACAAGGUCAGUCGCUCGCAGUCGCAGCGGUCCAGCGGAGUGGAUGCCGGCCGGGCAAGUCCAGUGAGGCCACAGAGUGCCAAGACUUACCACACCCGCUCAGCCUCCAGCAGCUUAGUCCGAGAGCGGCCCAUGUCCUCCAUGGACUGCCUUUCCCAGCCAAUUGUGCUCCAGUCCUCGUUUCAUGACACCACUACCGAACUCCACAAAGAUCUCAACCAAUCAGAAGAGGAGCCAUUGACAUCACUGUAGAGCUCCUCCAAUAGUCUUAAUAAAUUGUUUAAGUGAAAUGAACUGUUUACAACGGCAGAGACACAUGAGCUUUCUCUGUCACUUCUUUUGAGGAAUUUCUAUAGAAGACUGAAUAAAUAUUUAUAUGCAUAUGUCAUAUUAAAUACAGUAUUUAAGAUACAGUACCUGUCAAAAGUACAGAUACCUUGACUCGAUCUUUAUUCUUUUUUAUUUUAAGAUAACAGUACAUUGUAAAGUCAUCGAAACUAUAAAAUUGUAACCAACAUUUUUAAAACACAAAUCGAAUGUCUUUUAGUUCUUUUCAGAUAAACAGAUUUUUAUAAUCAUAAGACUCGUUAAUCAUAAGAGUCUAAACAUGUUCACAUUUUCUUUCUCAAUAUCAUUCUGGAUGUGUUGUAAUACCAAUGGUGUUUUCAUUCAGAACAUUUUCUGUUCAAAUCUUUUGCAGCUGUUGCAGCAGACACUGCGUCCAGAGAACAGAAUGAGUAUCUGAAAUCGGAUUUGUUUGAGAUUCAAAUGCAGUUUCUGGUUAAAUCCAUUUCCGUAAAAUCAUUAUGAGGAGUUUAAUAUCUGUUUGAGCACAUAUGUCUACCUCUCAGAAUAAAAUGGCACUCUUAUCAGUUUGUCUAUAUUCGAGCGUUUUAUGACGACAAUGGGCUACGGGUGUUUUAUAUGGAAAGGACAACGAACACACUGUUCUUAAAGCUUUAGGAAACUAGGUUGAGAUGUACGGUAAACAGUCUGACACAUUUUGCGGCUGGAGUGACAACUAUCCAUUUCCACCACAACACUGUUCAUAUUGCACUUAUCACAAUGACACAUUACGCUAAAUGACAGGACCUAUGACAUGAAAAAUGCUUGAUUGUUUCAACCCACGGUCGGGUAAAAUAUGGACAAGACCAACCACUGGGUUUAAAUGAACCUAGAAAAUGUCCAUAUUUGACCCAACCAUGGGUUGAAAAAAAAACGUGGUUCUAUAUAGCAGCUCAGUCAUCCCAAAGAACCUUUAAAGCACCAAGAUAUGGUUCUAUAUAGCACUUAAAGUGGUUCCCCUAUGAUUACGAGCCAAGAACCACUUUUAGUGCUACAUAGCACCAUUUUUUUUUAAAGUGUACUAACGUGGUUUUUGAAAAACCGCUUAGUUUGUUAGCAUAUAAAGUAUGUCUUACCCAUUGCAAAAUCACUGUUUAUUUCAGAUUCAUAUCAUUUUAGCCAUUAAGUGUGUAUAUUUGACUUGUUUCUUUUUCAGAAUCGCAUUUUGUAGAGCGUGUGAGGUUAAACACACAUGCAGACCACACACUUCCUCUGCCGGUUUAUAGACCUCAUUUCCAAAUGACUGUUCACAGUGUCUUUGUACUUCACAUGACACGCAAGUUUCAUCUUCUUCACGUAGCACACCAUGUGCGAACGGAUCUCAAUAACACAACAAUAUUACGCAUACUAAUUUACUACAUAGUAUGGACGCAGGGCUAAACACGGAACAACACAAGAAUGAGUUU